UUUAUCCAAUGAACACAAAGAUUGUCAGUUAGCUCUGCUGUGUUGGCCUAAUAUAAUAUCGAAAGUUUCCUUUCAAAGCAUUGACUUGAAGUAAACAUAAGCAUUCAACAAUGUCUGAUGUUGUGAUAUUAUCGGCUACAAGAACACCGAUUGGUUCUUUUAAUGGAUCACUCUCUGGAUUAGCUGCUCAUGAAUUAGGCAGCAUUGCUAUCAAAGAAGCUCUAAAUCGAGCAGGUGUUAAGAGUGAUGAAGUUUCAGAAGUUAUUAUGGGUCAAGUUCUUACCGGAGGCCAGGGGCAAAAUCCUGUUCGUCAAGCUUCUGUGAAAGCUGGAAUCCCCUAUUCAGUUCCAGCCUGUGGAGUUAAUAUGCUGUGUGGUUCUGGCUUAAGAUCAGUGGUGCUUGCUUUCCAGGCUAUAAAAUCAGGGGAUGCAACCAUUGUUGUGGCUGGAGGUCAGGAGAGCAUGAGUAAAGCUCCACACUGCAUACAUAUUAGAAAUGGAGCAAAGUUUGGUGAUGCUUCACUGGUGGACACCAUGCUGUCUGAUGGUCUAACUGAUGCAUUCAACAAUUACCACAUGGGAAUCACAGCUGAAAAUGUGGCUAAACAAUGGGGGAUAACCAAAGAAGAACAAGAUAACUUUGCCCUUGCUUCUCAACACAAGUGUGAGGCAUCACAGAAAGGUGGACAUUUCAAGGAGGAAAUAGUUCCAGUGAUAGUACAGUCUAGAGAUGGAGCCAAACAAAUUACACAAGAUGAGUUUCCUAGAUCAGGUUGUACAAUAGAAGGCUUUCAGAAACUCAGACCAGCAUUUGUAAAAGAUGGUACUGGCACAGUGACAGCAGGCAAUGCAUCAGGUAUAAAUGAUGGUGCAGCAGCCAUUGUAGUGUCCAGUCAAGAUGAAGCACUCCGACGUGGCAUCAAGCCUUUGGCUAGAAUUGUUUCCUGGGCCCAGUCUGGAGUGGACCCGUCCAUCAUGGGUACUGGACCAAUACCAGCCACCAGAAAAGCUCUAGAAAAAGCAGGAUGGCAAAUAGAAGAGGUUGACUUGUUUGAACUGAAUGAAGCAUUUGCUGCACAGUCACUAGCAGUUGUUAAAGAACUUGGCUGUGAUCCCAAUAAAGUCAAUGUCAAUGGAGGUGCUAUAGCCUUGGGUCAUCCCAUUGGUGCAUCUGGUGCAAGAAUAUUGACCACCUUACUCUACGCCCUUCGUGCUCACAAUAAAAGAAAAGGUGUGGCUGCACUUUGUGUAGGAGGAGGCAUGGGCAUUGCCGUGUGUGUUGAGAACUUGCAAGCAGUGGCAUAGUGCACUAGUUAAAGAACUGUGUUCAUGGAUUACAAUGUAUUUGUCAAGCGGGUUUACAGUAUUUAUAUUUUGCAGCACUUGAAAUGUAAUUGUAUUAUAGAAUGUCAUUUGUUUAAACAGACAUAAUUUGUUGCAAUGUAUUAAUGCUAAUUUUUGUUGUUGUUAAUUCUUCUAAGAUAUUACUUUUAAGGAAUGAUUUUUAAGCACAUUCUCAUUAUAUGACUUUUUAUUUUACUUUUGAUUAGAUAAUCUCACUAAAUUGUUUAUUAACAAUUUGCUUUUAUUAUUAUUGACUAAAAGAACAACAACAUAACUGAAGAGUUCCUAUGUUUUGUUUUAUGGGAACAAACAAUUUGAGUUUUGAGUGAGAAUGGUCAAAUAGUAUGUCAAGUGCUGUUUUUCAAUCAUUUUUAAAUAAAAUUUUGAUAUUCA